UCCUCACCUAGUACAAGGAAGUAUCAUGCAUUUGUAGUGCUGUUGAUUUUUAAUGCAGUUGGGAUAACACUCAAGCAAGAUACCUUCACAACUGACAUGUCGAAACUAGCAGCGAAUUUUGGGGAAGGUAAGCAAUUUAACAAACUGACAUCGAAUUCUACGAACAUUUGUGUCGCCCAGAAAAAGAGACUCUCUUGUGUUUGCUCCUCUAUACCUUGAUUGAAUCAGGACGGGAAUUUUUAUUUCCUACGGUUCAUUUCUUUCUUAUCCAAGCCCACUUUACUUAAGAAGGUACCAAAAGAUGAAAACAUCAACUUUGCACAGUCUUGUGGUUACGUCUAACCCCCUGUCUCUCUAACAAGAACUUUUCGAAUUAAAACAUUAAUGAUCAAUGCGUUAUAUUCGCCUAGGGAACAAGAAUACAGUGUACCACUUCCUCCGAGAAUUGAUCCUAGAAGAGGAGUAUGCAUGGUUUGUCAAUCAGGAGGGUCGGUUCCGUAUCAAUUGGGUGGCUGCUGUAGAACGUCACAUCGAGUACAGAGCUAAGAAGAACCCCGGGUUUGACACAAGCAUCGAUCGAAGUAGGGCAAGCAACAGCUUUAGAGAGGCUCUUCUUCUUCGUUGCUAUCGUGAUGACGGAGCAAAAGAGUACAAAGAAUGCCGAAAGUUUAGUGAAAAUAACAAAGUUGUUGAGAGA